AUGAAAAGUGCAACUGAGCAGAGCAUCAGUAAUGAUUUCGAACUUGUAGGUCGGACCAGUGCUAAGCUGGCCAGCGCCACUUUUGAGGAUUCUCUUUCAGAGCGGAGAGACACUAUAAAAAAAUCAAAAAUGCUCAAGAUACUGUUUACGCAGCUAAAUCCACAUGCGAGGGAAAUUAGUAAGAUUAGAUGUUUAGCAAUUGGGAGCUUCAAUGAGGAAUUUGCAGCACUUUAUCAAUUAGCGCUGCUUCUGGAGCUAGUUGAGCUUUUGGGUGAAGACAAAGAGUGUCCUUUAAGAGUUUCUGUGUAUGAUCCAGUGUUCACUGAUGCGGAUAAAAAGUUCAUUGAAACCUUGGGAACAAGUUGGUCUGUUGAUGAAAAAUCCCCCUGGGACUCCGAAGAUGACUCCAAAGUGCUAUUUUUCCUGCCUCACGCGCCCUUGGAUCUCACUGAACGUAUAGUGAUCGCAGAAGAACCUCGAAUUUUGCUCGCUAACCAUAUUGUGAAGCACGUAGACAGGUAUACCAAGCUCCAGCUCUUCCAAAAGUACCCUGUACUUGCCAAGCUGAACCAAGCGCUGGCUCAUAAUGAUGCUCAUAAAGAUUCGGAGUUUAAACCAUUUAUGUCUAAACGAAAUCGCCGGAAGCAGAAGAACAAAGUACAGCAAGACACCAUAGAUUACGAUCAAAUAAAAAGUUAUUUCAAAUCAGUCGAGAUACUUACUGAUUUCGACAACGGGGACCUACUGAUAGAUCAACCAUGGAUAAAUUCAUUUUCGGACAUGGCAUUGCAUGAGAUCAAGUAA